UCUCGAUUGACGAGGCAACUCAGCUGUCACCAUCCUGCCGUUCGCCGUUGUGCUGUUGAAUCGCCCGUCUGUCCAUUGGAGUCCUUAGCUGGCGUCUCCUUCACCACAGGUACGUCCCCGGCCUGUCGUCACCAAGGUUAGCUCGGUAACUAACUAGUUGACUGCUAACUGCUAGUUUUCUGGCAGAUCUAACAAACAACCGCUCCCGUCUGUCACUCUGGAGGAGCACAACUGCUGCAAAACACGCCAGAGCUGCUUCUCAGGACGCUGGCAGGCUAGCCAUAUCAUACUGCGGGAUAAGGUGAGCCUCCGACUUUCUCGCUGAUAAAUAUUGCCUUCGAAAGAGUUUCUCUCAGCUAACCUGCCUGCCUGGACUAUCAGUUGCCCGUUCCGCCAGACCGACCUUUCUCUCCUCCCCCCUCGCAACGCCCAAGGCGUGGUUAACGUUGAAGAUACUAUGUUGCUCGAGGCAUUGAACUGAAACCUUUCACCGAAGAGCAACAUCUCACAGCACUCGCCGCACAAUGCCUUCCAGAAGAGCAUCAAGACCGUAUGAUGAAUCCCAGAACUACAGCCCAACCCAGAGGAGAAACGGGACAAUGCAUCAGAGUGGCUAUCCAGACCAGCCGCAGACCCAAGAUGAUUAUGGUACACCAGUAAACUCUCGAGGCCAACCUUCCCAAUCUAUGUCAUUUGCACACCGAGCUAAAGAGCGUGGGCAAGAUGAAUUACCGUACGAGUCAGUCUCGCCCAACGGAGCACAGAGCCCCCUUAUGAACCCGCUUAUGAGCCCUAUUAGCGCAUACCAGAAAGCAAACUCGCAAUCACCGUCGAUACAGCAAAAUCCGGCAUCUCCAAAUAUCCACUCACCGCCACAUUCACAAGCCAGUGUCGAAGCCUCACCUGUGAUGCGCCAAAACUCGCAGAUGGCUCCGAGACAGAAGAAGACAGCAAAGGAAUGGGCACCAGCACGCUCGCCGUUGAAAAAACUUGAGCUCACGCUAAAUGAUAUAAGCAAGGAAGAAAAGCGCGCAAGAGUCGAGGAGGCUGAGAUGCUACUGAGAGAAGCUCGGGCAGGUCUCCAAGGCAAGACCAUCAGCCGUGAUGCGGGCGGUAAACCCCAUCUUGCUCCAGAGAGCGCCAGGAAUAAGGAGAAUGCGUUCAAACCUUCAAAUAUUGAGGAAGCUGGCUUACUGAGGAGCCUAAGCACCAAGCAAAAGGACAAGAUCCGUGAAAGCGCCCAGAUGGAACUGAAAAAGCCAGACCCAGACCAGGUCUCCGAUGCUCAAGCGGGUGGAUUCGAGUAUGAGAGAACUCAUCCUCCGCCGGGUUACAAUUCACCCACUUCUUUGAAUCAGCCCGCACAAAUCCCGGAUAAUCAUCAUGGCCAGCUUCCAGGAGCUCCACUGCCGAAGGACAACCAAAUACAGCAGACACGAGAACUGUUUGAACCCCCCGCGGGAGAAACUUGCUCAGGAGCAAUCGAUUCAGAAGCUUCUCAGGCUGAAGAUGCGAAGAAUGGCCCGAGCAAGCAGAAGCACGCUUCUGUUUCCUUUGCGGUUCCUCCGCCGACACCCCCGCCAGUAUCUGAAUGGAUGCAUGCAGUAGUUGGACGGUUAUGCUUGACCGAUUUUGACCUCCGGGUACCGGAUAUGGACAGGGAUUGGAGAGGACGGGGAACCAGAGGAACUAGAAAUGUCCACAGAGGAGUCGAGAGCGGCUUACCUAGAGUCACACUCAAGAAAAACACGCCAUUUAACCCGCCUCUAUAUCUAAAGUGUGGGCCUCUCCUUCGAUUCACAGGCACAACCAAGGAAGUAGUAGAUCUGCCGAAUGGUCCCUGUGAGCAAGAGAUUUGGCGAGGAUCUAUCAUGAUCGUUACCCAGGACUCUGCAUCGUUCUAUGACACCCCGCCGACCUUGAGGAUAUUCUCUCAACCGAAGGAGCUGAUACCACCACCCCCAUCCAGUGAUCCAAGCGACCACGACUCACCUCUAGCACCAGAAUAUGUUGACCCCAUAGCCGGCCUAGGAAAAAUAGGUAGAAACGGUAAUUUGCUUUAUGUCAAGCCUGUGGAUCAUAUAGAAGAAGGCCUGGAUCUUUGCUAUGACGAAACCGAGGAAGGUCUAUUUGAGCGGUCUCCUAGCCAAAUUGACUAUGCCGCUAGUCGUCGUGUAUCAAUCCCACCUGAUACCAGGAUCCAAGGGACUGAUGGAGAAAUGGUUGGGAAAUACAAGGUGGUCAAGGCUAGCCGGGUAUACAUAGACCCUGGUAGGGAUACCACGUUCUGGCGAUUCAACCUAGAAAUCGAACUUGGCGACAAGGAGGAACAUGUUGCAUACCGUAUCAAUAAUGGCUCCGUGGUAGGUUUCUGGGUGCCUGCCAGAGGCCAGGCAAUGAACAUUUUAUACCACACCGGAAAUGGAUUUGGUAUGUCCGUUGAUACCGACAAGUACAGUGGCCCCGACCCUAUGUGGCGGGAUGCUCUGAACGCACACCAGUCGCGUCCAUUCCACGUCAUGAUUGGCGGAGGAUCACAAAUCAACAAUAAUGCCAUUACUGUGGAAGCUGACCAUUUCCGAAAAUGGAUUGAAAUGAAAGGGAAGAAUGAAAAGCAUGAAUAUCCCCUGAACCUGGACAUUAAGGGAGAACUGGAAGAAUUCUACCUUGAGAAUUAUGCAGCUUGGUUUUCGCAGGGCCUGUUUGGCAUGGCAUGCUCUCAAAUUCCAAUGGUUAAUAUGUGGGAUGAUAACGACAUUAUUAGCGGCUACGGCUCGUUUACGGAUGAAUUGAUGAAAUCCCCUGUUUUCUCGGGACUAGGAAAUGUUGCAUUCAAGUAUUAUUUGCUCUUCCAGCAUCAAACUGCAAUUGAGGAGACGGAGGAGCAUGAACCAAGCUGGCUUCUUGGAUCGGCCGAAGGACCUUAUAUCCGGCAAAAGAGCAGAAAUCUGCUCAUGAGCUUGGGUGAAAGAAUAGGCCUUUUGGCAAUUGAUUGCCGCACUGAACGAUCGAAAAUGGAUAUUAUGAUUGAUGAGAGUUAUGACCUUAUCUGGGAUCGAUGCCACCAACAGAUUGUGAAGGGAGAAAUGAAACAUUUACUAGUACUGGUUGGAGUUCCGGUUGCUUUCCCGAGACUUUCGUUGAUUGAGGGAGUUCUCAAGGGCCCUGCAAAGGCUCUUGGGCGGAACGGUGUCUUCCGCAACGCAAGCACUAAGAUUGAAAACACUUCGGAGAAGAUGGACGACCAAUGGACUUCAAAACAACAUAAACUUGAACGGAAAUGGUUGAUAGAAGAUUUGCAAGAACUUGCGGCCGAGAAAUCGUUGAGAGUCACAAUAUUAGGGGGCGGAGCCAACCUUGCGGCUGUUGGACAGUUCUACUCAGAUCCCAACCUACAGAUCCCCAAGGACAAGGACUACAGAUACAUGCCAAAUGUAAUAUCUUCCCCGAUAGUGGACGCUCCCCUCUCAGAAAUCAUGACCGAUACCCUCAACAAGCGCAACAAGGUGCAUACCUUGGACCUCAAAACGGUUGAGGAUAUGCGAGCAAUGUUUUGGCAUGAUGUUGAAGGACGGCCGCGAAAUAACAAACGACUGCUACCCCGAAGAAACUGGUGCUCUAUCAGAGAAUACACUCCAGGAUGUACUCCUCCCGCUACACCCCCGCCAGAACCCACUUCCCCAGCUUCUCCGGCAUCUUCUGCCGAUAUGCGUCCCAGAAGGCUAGGGAGAACACUUUCUAUGUCUCGCGGUGACAGACCGGCUAAUGGCCUUAUGCGGCGGCUGUCCCUUAAAGCUCAGCGUCCGCAGAUCAGCCAUCCCAUCCCGAAGGAUCAGGUUACCCAGCGUAUGAGCUAUGAUGAGCCACGAUUACGAAGGGACAGUGUAAGUCAGUUACCAGAGCAGACAUACAGUGACGCCCAGUUACCACAAAACCCGAGCUACGCCGACGCAGACGGCGACAGUUCUUCAUUACCAAACAAAUUUGUGCGACGCCGCACUGAUCUCAGUAUUCGAGAGAUCAAACAGGCAGCAAAGGGCGGUCCAGAUCAGCACCACUUUAUUAAUAUUGAAGGCGGGUUACAUAUCACCUUCAACUGCGAGGUCAAGCCCCAAGAUCCGGCCGGGAUCACAACGCCUUACCAUGUUCUUAUCCUGGCGUUAUCGUUUGAUGGGGAGUUUGAACCCAGCGUUGAAGUGGAGAAAAAGCAAUGGUGGAAACUGGGGCACCGCAAAAAUAACAGCAGUGUUGCACAAAUCGACGGUGCUGAGCCAGUAGUAGGAGCAGCAAAGGCGGCGAAUGACGAACAGCAGCAGCAGCAGCAACAGCCUCAGCACCUGCAGCAGGUCGAGAACGAUGCAUACCACAACUACGGCCGUCCCAAUCCUCGGGAAUGUAGGCAAGGAUACUAUGAGGACGAAUAUGAUGACGAUAUCAAUGUCCGGGGCUCUCCACGCCACGCGCAAUAUGCGGUCCAAGGUCGGCCGGGCGAGCUAUCGUCCCCCAGAAUGCUUCCCCAGCCACCGCCACAGCAGAGCCAGGGCAAACAACAUCAUUAUUUCAAUGCUGCUGCCAUUGACCCGGCUAAUGGCGGUGAGCAUGGAUACGAGGGCAUAGAAGCAUACCGUCCAAGGAAGAAAAAAUGGCUGGGUAUUCUUUGAAAUCCGGCGAGAUCAUCUGCCGUUCUAGACAACAAGACAAGAUCACAGCCACUUACUCAGCAGUGGAUCUCGCCCGCCGGGUAGUCAGGUUAGCAAAGAUAAGGAAUCAUGGGGAGGAAACGAGGGGCAGGAGUCUGUCUAUGUAUCUCUAGCAUGUUUCAUCCGUGUUUUAGUUUUUCUGGAUCUGUCAUUAGAGGCGUUCAUCGAAUUUAUGCAUCUCUCCAGCCAUACAGAGUACCCAUAGCAUCCCAAGAUGAAUUUUGGCAGGCCCCGAUUGGCACCUCGC